AUGGCUUCUUCAAAUGAUGAUUGGAAGCCAAGACUUGGAAUAGAAUUUGACACUAGAGAAGAGGCUGAACAGUUUUAUCUUGCUUAUGGUUUACGUGAGGGCUUCAGAGUUAGAGUACGCUUUACAAACAGGAAGAAAGACGGUAGUGUAUCGUCAUGUAGGUUUGUUUGUUGUAAGGAAGGAAUACGGAAGAAAGAGGAUAAAUGUGCAUAUGAAGGAAAAAUUCGGAGAGGAGAGACUAGAACGAAAUGCUUAGCAAGAAUUACACUUUCAAGUAAAAAUGGAAAGUUGGUUAUCAAUGAGUUUGUAGAAAACCAUAACCAUGAUCUACUAAAUCGAGAGACAACCACAUGCUUCGAUCACAUAGAAAGAUAA